ACUUUCCUCGCAGCAACUCAGGCCUCAGAUUGUGAGUGCUUCUGUUGCAAAAGUCUUGCUGUGAGAAUUGAAACGGCAAACACGGCUCAAAAUCAUGCGAGAUCAGCGCAUGUCCGCUGAGAGGGCUCAGGAAGCUAUACUGUGGGCAGGAAAUCCAUCUCUGCUGCAAGACUCUACGGCAAAUUGCCUUUUCACUUUGCCCUCGGGAAACUGCCUCUUGAUGCGCGAACAUUGGCUCACGCGGUGAGCCAUUGGGCGUCAGAUGCCUCCAAUCGACUCCAAAACACCUGCGGUUGAGCUGAAUGAUGAGGACAAAGUAAAAUGGCCGCCUUGACAGAAAAGGAGGGCCUAGAGAAGGAUGCAUUUGAGAAAGAGAUGUGGAUAGGAGAAGACCUCUAGUAGAGUCCUUUAUGCAUGCUGAUCCUUCACCAAGGAAGAAUGGGCUCGCAUGGGAGAAAUCGCUAGACGAGCAGCGUGAACACCAGUUGAUCCGCGAAGGCCUCUUUUGGCACGAUGAGCAAUUGGAUGGACUCAGCGAUGAUGACAGGAUGUGGGAAAUUAUCAAGAUGAGCUUCCUACAAGUGGCAACAAUUCUUGAUAGAGUCGUGGCUGCAACGACACAUUGAGCGUCAUUGAUUCACAGGCACAGUAAAGUUGGUUUCUCACACACCCGAGCCUAGGUGUGGGGCUUGUGCACUACUUUGAAUACUUCCUGGAAAGGGGAAUUCUUGGAGCCAAACACAUGCGGCUUUUGACAUUGAAGUAUGUUCAGACCAAAAUGCCGGAGAUUGAAGACCCAAAAGAGCAGUCGGACAUCGUAGAAGCUGCCGCGAACUCCAUGAUGGAUGAGGAGAUGCGUUUAUUUGAAGCACGGUAUGGCGACAUUGAUCGGCUUGUGCUGGACUGUCAACACGCUCGUCGGUUUCUGUCAGAAAAACUUCUGCAUGAUGACUGGAUGAUUGAUCAGUACGACUUGACUGCUCCCCUACAUUUGGAAGCGAGCAGCCAUCAUACGAAAUGGAGCGUGCCCAAAGUGGACUAUGAGUCUUUUGGUCAUUACGCGGAUUGGGUGGCAGCGACAGGUUGCGACGGGUUUCUAUUUCUGUGGCCGGUGAUCGAAGGCAAUCGUGUUCCUCCAGUGGUGAGGUGCAAGAAACUCCACAAUGCGCCUUGUGCGGACUUUGUUGUGGACUGGCAGCACAUGGAGGCUGUGACCUGUGGAAUCGACAACAAGGUUAACCUCUAUCGAAUAAAAGAGGAAACAAUUGAAUUCAAGAGGGACAAACACGACAAUCAGGGAUUCUUAUGCGUGGCUGCUGACGUCGGGACAGGACGGGUGGCACUGGGAACAAACUUCGGGUGGAUCAAGAUUCUGGACUUUCAGACCAAAGAGUUUGUUUCGUCACUGAUCGGGCAUCAAGACCACUGCAAGGCUCUUGCUGUUGACUGGGAGAAGAACCUUGUGGUGUCUUGUUCCUGGGACAGCUACGUGCACCUCUACGAUUUGCGCUCGGCGAAGUUGGCUCACAGGCUCACUGGGCACAACAGCAAUUGCUAUGCUCUAGAUGUGGAUUUUGAGAGUAUGGUGGCAGUCUCAUCCGCCAAUGAAUACCGCUUCAUGCUGUGGGACUUGAGGGAGAGGAAACUCCUGCAAAGCUAUGAGUCCCCUGGGCACAACGUGAAUUGCAUGAGCCUCGAUGCAGAGAAUGGGAAGCUUGCAACUGCUUCGGAUGAUGGGCUUGUAAAGAUUUGGAAUCUCCAUACUGAAGCCGGCGAAGAAUGGGAAACAUCUUGGGAAAAUUCUUUGGACUGCAAGCACAACAUGACUGUGGCAAUGGAUGUGGAUUGGCAGCUGGGCCGGUUGGUAACGGCUUCUUGGGACUACAAUGUGGACAUGUGGAAUCUCACCACCGGUGAGCAUUUGCAUCAUUUCUUCAAACCGCGGAGAUGCAUGACUCAAGUUCGGAUGAGCAAAUAGUCCACUUUGAUCAGAAAGGAUGAGUGAGUCUCAGGCACAAUUGUGGUAGUGGAUGAUCUUGGAGAACACGAAGAGUCGGCCACCCUCUGUCCCUGCUAGUGCGGCGCUCUUGCACCCGGAGACUUCAUCACCUAACACCUACUGACCUAACAGAGAUGUUGAAGAUGCAGAUUGUACAAAGCUUACACUUCGUAUCCAUCAAAGUAUGGAGUUUACAUCGUUUACUUGAGAGAGAAGGAGCAAUUCCAGGCAGCUCAGUAGCUUGCCAGAAAAGAUUACCAAAUCGAUUUGGUCAUAAUUUACAACUUUCUUGGGAGGCUUGGUCGUCCGAGGAUGGACAAAUUCAUGCAGAGGUGGGCGUGUAAACUUGAGGGUCGAAGGGCCCAAAGUUCACUGACUUGUGUCUAUGGC